AUGGAGGCCCAACCCGCCUGGAUACCUGUCCUGAUCAUCUUCGUUUUCAAUGUCAUCUUCUACCUCCUGAACGAGAACUCUCUCCCACGCCGCCUCCUCCGCCGCGGCACCUCGGGCCCCGCCCCCGCCGCCCCCGGUGCCGCCUCCGCGCCGGCCCGCGCCCGCGGCGGGCCGCUCCUCAUCAGCAACCGCGCCGCCAGCUGGGGCGCACCACCCGCCGCCGCCGCCACGCCGCCACGCCCGACAUCCUAUUGGUGCUGGGAGCUCCUGGAUCCCUCCCACCUUUACACGCCCACCUGGACGGUCCCCGGCGCCGCCGCCGGCGCGCGCGGCACCCUCGCGCUUGCCACGUUCCGCGCGCUGGGUGUUGCUGCGUUCGUUUUCGCGAUCGCCUAUGGCGAAAUUGCCUAUGCUGACGAGGGCGCGCGGGGCUACUUCAAGUUUUUCACCAACUGGACUUUCACCUGGUUCGGGCUGACCUGCGUGGUGGGCACCGUGCUCACCGCCCUCGCCGCGCGGCGGCCGCGGCAGCAGCGUUCCCUGGAGCACCCCACAACGGCAGCAGGGGCAGACGGCCACAUGUGUGGGCAUCAGCAGGGCGCGACGGCGCCGCCAGGGCCUCUGAUGGUAGAGGUGCAGGACGGGAGCGUUGAGCGCGGGUGGCGGCUGGUUGACAAAGCUUACCUGAUCUCCCUUCAGACGAUGUGCGCCGCGAGCGUCGCGCUGACCGUGUUCUACUGGGCGCUCAUAUACCAGAAGGGCAGCUUCCUCCGCGUCGACAACCCGUUCAAGCACGGCGCCAGCUCCGCCCUGCUGCUGCUGGACCUCGGCCUUUCCCGCGCGCCGGUGGUCUCGUAUCACAUCUCGGCUGUCCUCGCGUACGGCACCGCCUACUGCGUUUUCAUGUGGGCAUGGUGGGGCGCCACCGGCGAGUGGGUCUACGCCAGCCUUGACUGGUCAAAGCCCGCCAGCCUGGGCGCUUACGUGGCGCUCCCCGUGCUGCUGAUCCUGUCUUACGUGGUCAUGCUGGGCGUCUCCUUCACGCGGGAGGCCUGCCGCAACCGCCGCGGCCGGGGCGCCGCCCCUUCGCCGACGCCGCCGCGUGAUUUUGGCGCCACAGAGGCUGAGAUUGUGCUUGGAGGGCUGCCCUCAUCCAAGGGCCGCGCGGCGGGCCGGGCGGCCGACGUGGUUUGA